UUUGAUAACCCGGAUGUACACAAAACCACGUGACUCAUCGUUGCACGUGUGGGUAACCCAGGGAUUACAGCGUGUUGCGAUAUGUCAUGAAUUAAUUUACGUGUGUUGGAUGCGAUUUAUUAAUGCGAGUUUAGUGUUUUUUUUAAACCAACCAUUCAGUUUGAUCUGACAACGUAGCUUGUAACUAACGUAAAGGAAACUUUAAACGCUCAAUAUUUGCAAGCAUGUUUGCUGAAGAGGAAUGGACUGAUUCUCCAUCAGCAGAUGGGUCACAUCAGCCUGUUGACAAAAAAGUGUCUUCUACUCCUGGCAAGGAUAAGGUGGUGGGUAAACGAAGUCUUUUAAGAACUUUGCAGACGCUGGGAUCAGUUCCAGACUGGGAGAGUGAAAAAACUUUUGGCGAUAGCGAUGAGGAGACAGGGAAGUCACCUGCACCCAACAAACCAAAAAAGAAAAGGUGCAAAAAACGCAGGAGAUCUUCUAAGGUUGAUAAUGUUGAGGGUGAGCACAAGGACCAGCAGGAUUCAUCUGAAACACCUGCAAAGAAGAAGAAGAAGAAGAAGAAGCAACCAAUGAAGAAGACAAGUUUAAAGAUCUCGCAAGAUUCCAGUAAGGAUGAGAAUAACAAAGGCGCUUCAACGGAUAAAGAAGGAAGUCAAACGGAGCAAAUACUCAGCAGAAAACAGUGGAGGAACAAGAUGAAGAACAAGAGACGGUGCAAAAACAAAUAUCAACCGAAAACAACCGAUAUUGAUAAUGCCAAAGCAAAGAAAGAACCAUUGGAACCACCAAAAGAACUUUCGGCAACCCAGAAAGUGCAGAAAGAUAAGUCAUCUAAAAUAAAAAAGAAGUCUCGUGUACAGAAUGAUAUUACUGUCAAGAACAAUGUUAAAAAUGGUAAAGACUUUGUUAAAUCAAAUAUGAGAACUGAUCAUAUUCAGUCUAAAACUCAGGCAGUAAGUGACUUUGUCAGCAACAAUAAAAUCUCACAUGAAUUGGGAAAUAAAGAAAAAACACAUAAAAUGACCAAGCAAAUGCAAAUACGGGCAGAGAAAUUGAGACACAUUUUAAAGUUGCAUCAUACUGAUGACAGUAAAACAGACAAACAUAAGAAAGAAGAGCAGGAAAACAAUAUAGCGAAUACAAAGGGUGAUGCUGAACAGACGCCUCCUGACCGUUCAAGUGCCUUAAGGUCAAAGAUGGAGAAACGGUUAGAAGCCGCUCGAUUUCGCCACAUCAACGAGCUGCUUUACACUUCGACCAGUGGUGAGGCCAAACGCAUGUUUCAACAGGACCCUGAUGCUAUUGGGAUUUACCACAGGGGUUACACUGCACAGGUGCAACACUGGCCUGAAAACCCUUUGGAUUCUAUCAUUUCAUAUAUACGUCAAAGACCAGCUUCUUUAGUCGUUGCAGACUUUGGAUGCGGGGACUGUAAGGUUGCAAAGAGUUUGAAGAAUAAAGUUCACUCUUUUGAUUUGGCUCCAGCUUGUGAGCUUGCCACAGCAUGUGACAUGUCAAAAGUGCCACUCAGAGAUUCCACAGUGGAUAUUGCCGUUUUCUGCCUUUCUCUUAUGGGAACAAACCUUGGUGACUUUUUGAAAGAAGCUAAUAGAGUUUUGGUGAUGGGGGGUGUUCUUAAAAUUGCAGAAGUAGCCAGUAGAUUUGAAGAUGUGCGUUUCUUUACUGGUGCAAUGUCAAGUCUGGGCUUUAAGUUAGUCAGUAAGGACACAGAAAACACCCACUUCUACUCUUUUGAGUUCAUUAAAACUGGAAAUGCACCAGAGAAUGUGAAGAAACCUGGACUACAGCUUAAGCCAUGUCUGUACAAGAAACGCUAAAUCUGCAUAUCCAAGUCAAAAUUUUGUUUAAUUUGUCGUUAUGUUGGACUUUGUAUGAAAGAAGAACGUUGCAUUUGUAAGCAACCUAUACAAAAUAUUGUAAUUUUAUAAACAAGAAUUUAAGGUGGUAAAUGGAAAUCUACCCAUUGAUAAAUAUGUUAAG